AUGGACGUGCCGGCGGCUCCCACCCCGCCCCUCCCGCGUCCCCACGCAGCGCCCACGUCGUUUGCUCCCAGAUCGCGCGAACUCAUCCCCCCCCCCGUGGGAGUGUCGCCGGACACCACGCAGCCCCACGCGGCACUCGUCAACGGCGACACGCCUUGCCGCUCUGUGCGUAUCGCUGUUGGACAUCUUUGCCAAGGCUCCCCGCCUCACGGCUGGUUCUACAGGUUUUUGGGGAUGCAACCCAAAUUCUCGCACAACACGUCGCGCUGUGGUGCCCGACUCAGCCGCAUCUGCAGCGUCGUGUUUGGGCUGGUGGCGGAGCCUUCUGUUUUUCCUUCGCCUUCUGUAUUGCCUGGUAAACAGGUCCAACCCGUUGCCGCGGCUCUCCAACGGCAUCCAGGGGGCCUUCGACCCGCAAGUUCGGAGGCCUCUUCGCCGCCUGGAGGUUUUGGUGUGGGUGGCGGUGCCUUGUUGUCCGCCGCCGCGACUUUCGCAAUCACCGCUUUCGCUUGA